AUGGCAACGACGGCAAGAAGAGCGCAGGAAGCGGUGGUGGUGCACGAGGAUGAGCCCGGUCAACACGGAGAUAGCACCGAGGACGACACGGAAGACAUGGAUGAGAGCAGAGGUCCGCUUGAGGAGAGCGGUGGCACAGUAUCCGAAGAGGACCAAGAAGACGUGGACGACGCUGUGAUGGAGGACAUGGACAAGUUCGAGGCGAGUUUCAAGAACAUCACCCAGCGAUAUCGCCUCAUAAAUCGCAUUGGCGAGGGCACCUUCUCCACAGUCUACAAAGCGGAGGAUCUGCUAUACGACCACUAUGUCAACGAAUGGGACUUCGACGCCGAGAAGGAGAACGCCGACAGCCAGAACUCGCUCAAGCAGAACCAGAAUCGUCCACCCAAACCUCGCUUCGUUGCGAUCAAGAAGAUCUAUGUCACAUCUUCACCAACGCGCAUCCUCAACGAGCUGGAGCUACUACAUGACCUUCGAGAUUCGCCCAAUGUCUGCCCACUCAUCACUGCCUUCCGCCACCAGGACCAGGUCAUCGCAAUCCUGCCCUUCUUCCAGCACAAGGACUUUCGAGACUACUACCGCGACUUCACCGUUUCCGAGAUGCGAAUCUACUUCCACAGCCUGUUCACAGCCAUCAAGUCGACGCACGAGGCAGAGAUAAUUCACCGGGAUAUCAAGCCGACGAACUUUCUCUACUCGCCCGCUCAACAAAGAGGCGUGCUUGUGGACUUUGGUCUAGCAGAGCGUGAGGGCACAGACUGGCACCAGUGCACUUGUUGUUUGGAGUCCCCAGAUAGACAACGCAAGAUCAAUUCAUCAGUAUACGCCUCGACCAGAGCUGCUGCACGUGCUGCAAACCAGGCCGACGUCAAGCCAACAUAUCCCAAGGAGGAUCAGCGUUCAUCGCGUCGCGCAAACAGAGCAGGAACUCGUGGCUUCCGGGCUCCUGAAGUGCUGCUCAAAUGUACCGCGCAGACUUGCUUGAUCGACGUUUGGAGCUGCGGCAUCAUCCUGCUCACAUUCUUGUCAAAGCGAUUCCCGUUCUUCCACUCAGCAGACGACAUCGAUGCCUUCCUUGAGCUUUGCACAAUCUUCGGCAAGAGGAGAAUGAAGGAGGUUGCGUUACUUCACGGACAGGUGAUGGAGACAAACAUACCUACCAUCUCCGAAAACGGUCACAGCUGGGAAAAGAUCAUCCUUUGGGCCACCGGACGUAACAAGAAAGAUGGCGACUCUGGCUUGACCGAGGAGGAAUUGGAGACCAUCGACUUCAUGAAGUGCUGUCUCGAGCUUGAUCACGGCAAGCGCAUGAGUGCAGGGAAGGCGCUGGAGCAUUCGUGGCUCUCAGGAACUCCAGCCUCGGAUGCGAGCAGCGAGGUGGGCGCGAAGGCUGAAGACUGA